AUGUCUCGAAAAGAAGGUCAAAUUGCUCUUGCAAUCAGUGCAUACAAUAAGGGUCAAUUUACAAGCUUAAAAGCAGCUUGUACAAGGUACGAUGCGCCAUAUUCUACUACUUACGACCGCGUCAAGGGAGCUAUUCCACAACGCGAUUUCCGACCCCGAAACCAGAAACUCACCGACCUCGAGGAAUCAGCACUUAUACAAUGGAUGUUAUCAAUGGAAGCUAGAGGUCUGCCAGUACGGAAAGAUUCGAUACGCCAAAUGGCCGAUUUACUACUGGAAAAGCGAACUGAAGUAGGUCGAAUUAUUGUCGGAAAAUGCUGGGUUGACAACUUUAUAAAGCGCCACGACUCUUUACGGACGAAAUACACUCGUAAAUACGACUAUAAGCGCGCAAAAUGCGAGGAUCCUACGAUUAUCCGAGAUUGGUUUCGAUUAGUACAUAAUAUUGUUGCGAAAUAUGGUAUACUAGCGGAGGAUAUAUACAAUUUCGACGAGACUGGCUUUCAGAUGGGAGUAAUUGCGACCGCAAAAGUUGUUACAGGGUCAGAAUAUACAGGACGGGCUAUUCAUAUACAACCAGGGAAUCGCGAAUGGGUUACAGUUGUCGAAUCAAUUUGUGCAGAUGGAUGGGUGUUGCCUCCAAUGGUUAUAUUUGAGGGCAAGGUGCAUAUAUCGACUUGGUAUACAGAUCAAUUACCAGCAGAUUGGACAAUUGCACUUAGUGAUAAAGGGUGGACCAAUGAUUCCUUAGGUCUUAAGUGGCUUUCAGACGUAUUUGAGAAAUAUACCAAGGACCGUGUAAAAGGAGUAUAUCGACUUUUAAUCCUCGAUGGCCAUGGUAGUCAUUCUACUCCCGAAUUCGAUCUUUUCUGUUCAGAACAUAACAUCAUAACGCUUUGUAUGCCACCGCACUCAUCUCAUCUUUUACAGCCAUUAGAUGUUAGUUGCUUUGCAGUUUUAAAGCGACUUUAUGGACGAGGAGUCGAGGAGCUAGUACGAGCCGGCACAUAUCAUAUCGAUAAACCAGACUUCCUUUCAAUAUAUCGUGUAGCCCGUACAAGUACUAUGGUCAAAAACACAAUCUGUAAUGGAUUCGCAACUACUGGCCUUGUCCCGUACAACCCAGAUCAAGUAUUGAGUAAAUUACAUACUCAAUUACAUACGCCUACUCCUCCUUUACUUUCUCCAAACCUACUACCUUGGGUCCCUGAGACACCCCAUAAUACAUAUGAGGCAGAUCAGCAAACCCAGACAAUUAAAGCAUCUAUUAAACGACGUACAAACGUUCUCUCAAGCCCUACUGCUAUUGCAUUAGAUCAAUUGGUUAAAGGGUGUAAGAUGGCUAUGCAAUCAGCUACGGUUUUGGCAGAGGAAAAUCGACGUUUACGAGCUGAGUCUGAACGUCAAAAGAAGAAGAAGACUGUGCGACGUCAAUAUAUUGCUACUGGGGGUGUUCUUACAGGUCAGGAAGGGAGAUUUACGAGCUGAAUCUGAACGUCAAAAGAAGAAGAAGACUGUGCGACGUCAAUAUAUUGCUACUGGGGGUGUUCUUACAGAUCAGGAAGGGAGGGAACUUAUUCAAAAUAGUGAUAAUAUGGUUUUGGAUGAAGCUGUGGCCCCGCUAAUUGAACCACGAAUUCGUGCACCACGAACCUGUAGUAUAUGUAGAUCACUAGCGCAUACUGCUCCUAGGUGCCCAGAUCGAGAAUAAUAAAGAUAGUAUAGUUUAUAUAAAUAAAUAUUAAGUGGUUAAAGUUCUAUGGUUUUAAAAGUUGGAUGGUGGGGUAAAAAAUCCGGACUGCUUAUAAAUCCGGACUCCUUAUGAAGUACGUUAUAUACUAUCUUUUAUAUAUAAGUUAUCUUAAAUUUAGAUAUAUACUCUUUUAUAGUUCGCUAGAUACCUACUAAGACUUUAUACUCUACUAAAUCCCUACCCACAAAUCUCCCUCUUACUAACACCCCCAAAGACGGAAAAUUCCACAUGUCCCCCGGCUUCGUAGGUUCCCAAAUGUAUCUCAACUACCUCAAAUCCACCUUCGACAUGCUCCUCCGCGAAGGCCGAUCGGGUUCGCCAAAACUCAUGAACAUCCCACUGCACACACGAAUUAUCGGCAAACCAGGCCGAUCCGAGGCCCUGAGGAACUUCAUGUUGUACAUCAAGUCGCAAGCGGCUUUCGAGGGCGAGGUGUGGGUUACGACCAGACAGGAGAUUGCGGAGUAUUUUAAGGGGGUGUAUCCCUAUGUUCCUGGUCAUUUGGUGGGUGGUAAGAAGGUUGGGCUGUAG